AAGUCAGAGGACAGCAGAAAAUGUCCACUGAACGGACUUCUUGGACAAGCCUGUCCACUAUUCAGAAAAUAGCACUGGGCCUCGGGAUUCCAGCCAGUGCGGCGAUCGCCUACAUCCUGUACCGCAGAUACAGGGAAAGCAGAGAAGAGCGGCUGACAUUUGUUGGGGAGGACGACAUCGAGAUAGAGAUGCGAGUGCCCCAGGAGGCUGUGAAGCUCAUCAUUGGCCGGCAGGGCACCAACAUUAAACAGCUGCGGAAGCAAACCGGUGCUCGGAUUGAUGUGGACACAGAGGAUGUAGGCGAUGAGCGGGUGCUGCUUAUCAGUGGUUUUCCUGUUCAGGUGUGCAAAGCCAAAGCAGCAAUCCAUCAGAUCCUGACAGAGAGUGCCCCAGUGUCUGAGCAGCUCUCAGUUCCUCAGAGAUCUGUGGGCAGAAUCAUAGGGAGAGGUGGCGAGACGAUCCGUUCUAUCUGUAAGGCCUCUGGAGCCAAAAUUACCUGUGACAAAGAAUCAGAGGGGACGUUACUACUAUCAAGACUUAUAAAAAUCUCAGGAACACAGAAGGAAGUGGCGACAGCCAAGCAUUUGAUACUGGAGAAGGUUUCAGAAGAUGAAGAACUUCGGAAGAGAAUCGCUCAUUCUGCCGAAACGAGAGUCCCACGCAAGCAGCCAAUUAGUGUAAGAAGAGAGGAAGUGAUAGAGCCGGCUGCAGCCGGAGAGCCAGCUUUCUGGAAAAACUCUGGUGCCAGCCCGGAACAGGCUGCACCGCUGGCAGUUCCUCCUCGCAAAGGUGGUGGCGACAUGGCGGUUGUAGGGCCAGAAGAAGGUUCCUGGGAGAAGCCUGAUGGUGACACCUUUCAGAAGUCUGGAGCCCAGACCAGUCCAGGAACGUCCAUGUUUGAAAUCCCCAGUCCUGACUUCAGUUUCCAUGCUGACGAGUUCCUGGAAGUAUACGUGUCUGCCUCUGAGCAUCCUAACCACUUCUGGAUCCAAAUCAUUGGCUCCCGCAGCCUGCAGUUGGACAAGCUUGUCAGUGAGAUGACCCAGCACUAUGAGAAUAGCCUGCCCGAAGACUUGACUGUGCACGUAGGCGACAUUGUAGCAGCACCUUUACUUACAAAUGGUUCCUGGUAUCGAGCCCGGGUCCUUGGCACCUUGGAGAAUGGGAAUCUGGACCUCUAUUUUGUUGACUUUGGAGAUAAUGGCGACUGCCCACUGAGGGACCUCAGGGCACUCAGGAGUGACUUCCUAAGCCUUCCAUUUCAAGCAAUAGAGUGUAGUCUGGCACGGAUUGCCCCCGCAGGCGGACAGUGGGAAGAAGCAGCGCUGGAUGAGUUUGACAGGCUCACUCACUGUGCCGGCUGGAAGCCCCUGGUGGCCAAGAUCUCUAGCUACGUCCAGACUGGGGUCUCAACCUGGCCCAAGAUCUACUUGUAUGAUACCAGCAAUGGCAAGAAACUUGAUAUUGGGUUAGAAUUAGUUCGCAAAGGAUACGCAGUUGAGCUCCCUGAAGACGUGGGAGAGAACAGAGGUGUCUCAGACACGCUGCUGGAUGUGGCCACAGAUGCAGAUGUCUCUGAUAGCAGCCUGCUCACAGAGACCAAGAAGAGCCCUGGGGAGAUGGCACAUACCCUGUCCUGCCUCAGCCUGUCAGAAGCUGCCUCUCUGUCUGCUGAUGACAACCUUGAAGAUGAUUACUUAAUCUGAAGUCAGCGUCGUUGCUUCCACCUCCUGCUUUGCUGUGAUUUGGCACAGAUUGGGUGCCUGGAGAGGAGGCGCCUGUGAGCAACAGAUCUAUGCAGUUGUUUAUUCCACACACGAUCUGGCUUGCUGUGGACCAAAUACAUUUUCUUCUUCCACUGGACUGCCAGGAAGUGUGUGGGGUAGAGGGAGACACGUGUGCUCCUACACCACCUGCCACCCCCUCCCAGAGUUUGAAUGCGUUACGUCCACCUGCACGUAACACCUGUCCCCCCUGCCAUCAGGAUGCACACUACUUAAUGUAGGCCGCAUCCUUUGGGGGCUGGGAAGCAGCCAGGGUGUGGUCACCGGCAGUGAUGGUUCUGCAGACCUUGACUCACCUCAGCAAGUGACUGGCUAAAAGAAGUGUUUGCGUGGUGAACUCGAAGGCUGCAGUUGAGUCCGGGGGCAGAGGCACAGAGCAGCCUGUUUAUGUUAAGCCUCCGGCCUCCACUGCCACUGUUAUUGGAGACGGGUUUUUUGAGGUGUUGCUCCAGCUAUGACCCUGUACACUUUGGUUAAAAUACAAGGAGACAAGGAGAAAGGCGGCUCGGGAAAUACUCUCGAUCGCCAGUAUGGUGUCUGUAAUAUACAGGCACACACCCAGAGAGGGGACAUACGUACCUGUUUAAAGCAUUCAGGAGAUUCUUUGCUGAAUAAAGUUCUCAAAAAGUUA